GCUCGGGCCGCGUCCAGUCCCGGGGCGUCCCUGCGCGGCUGGCCGAGCGGCCUGCAGUUGGCUCGCGGGACGCUGGCGCCUAGUCGUUCUCCCGCCUGGAGCCUCGGGUGCCGGGAGCCAGGGGUGCAGGCGCGGCGCGGGGGGCCAGGCCGGCGGCCUGGGGGCUGGGAGGCGAGAGGCCAAGUUGGCGGCGCUCCUCAGCCUCGCCCCGCAGCCCGGCGCUCGGGGGCCCUCCCAGCGGUGCCCCGGUGCGGCCACAUGGCUCCACUCCGCGCGCUGCUGUCCUGCCUGUUGCCCCUCCACUGUGCGCUCUGCACGGCCGCGGGCAGCCGGAACCCAGAGCUGCACCUCUCCAGAAAGCUCAGUGACUAUGGUGUGACAGUGCCCUGCAGCACAGAUUUUCGCGGACACUUCCUCUCUCACGUGGUGUCCGGGCCAGCAGCAGCCCGUACUGAUAGCCAGGCAGUGGAUGGGCCUCCUGCAUCACUGUCAUACCCCGCUCAUCUCCGGGUGGUCCGAAGCCCCCUGCGCCCCGAAGGAACCACCCAGAAGCGGGGCCGAGUAGGACGCUACUCCCUGUACUUCAACGUGACGGUUUUUGGGGAGGAGCUGCACUUACGCCUAAGACCCAAUGGGCGGCUGGUGGUGCCUGGAGCCUCUGUGGAGUGGCAGGAGGAUUUUCGGGAGCUGUUCCGGCAGCCCUUGCGGCAGGAGUGCAUCUACACCGGGGGUAUCACGGGCAUGCCAGGGGCAGCGGUCGCCAUCAGUAACUGCGACGGAUUGGCUGGCCUCAUCCACACAGACAGCACUGACUACUUCAUUGAGCCCCUGGAGCGGGGGCAGCAGGACAAGGAGGCGAGUGGCAGGAUGCACGUGGUGUACCGUCGGGAGGUCGUCCAGCAGGAGUGGGCAGAGCAGCGUGGGGACCUGCACAAUGAAGCCUUUGGCCUUGGUGACCUUCCCAACCUGCUGGGCCUGGUGAGGGACCAGCUGGGUGGCGCAGAGCGAAAGCGGCGGCAUGCCAAGCUGGGCAGCUACAGCAUCGAGGUGCUGCUGGCGGUGGAUGACUCAGUGGUGCGCUUCCAUGGCAAGGAGCACGUGCAGAAUUAUGUCCUCACCCUCAUGAACAUCGUGGAUGAGAUUUACCACGACGAGUCCCUGGGGGCUCACAUCAACAUUGCUCUUGUCCGUUUGAUCAUGGUUGGCUACCGACAGUCCCUGAGCUUGAUCGAGCGUGGGAACCCCUCCCGCAGCCUGGAACAGGUGUGCCGCUGGGCACACUCACAGCAGCGCCAGGACCCCGGCCACGCAGAGCACCACGAUCACGUAGUCUUUCUCACCCGGCAAAACUUUGGGCCCUCAGGAUAUGCACCUGUCACUGGCAUGUGUCACCCCCUGAGAAGCUGUGCCCUCAACCACGAGGAUGGCUUCUCUUCAGCCUUCGUAGUGGCCCAUGAGACUGGCCAUGUGCUCGGCAUGGAGCAUGAUGGGCAGGGGAACGGCUGUGCAGACGAGACAAGCCUGGGCAGCGUCAUGGCACCCCUAGUGCAGGCCGCCUUCCACCGCUUCCACUGGUCCCGCUGCAGCAAGCUGGAGCUCAGCCGCUACCUCCCGUCCUACGACUGCCUCCUCGACGAUCCCUUUGCAUCCACCUGGCCUCAGCCCCCAGAGCUGCCUGGGACUGACUACUCAAUGGACGAGCAGUGCCGCUUUGAUUUCGGCACAGGGUACCAUACCUGCUCAGCGUUCAGAACCUUUGAGCCCUGCAAGCAGCUGUGGUGCAGUCACCCUGACAACCCAUACUUCUGCAAGACCAAGAAGGGCCCCCCACUGGAUGGGACUGAGUGUGCACCAGGCAAGUGGUGCUUCAAAGGUCACUGCAUCUGGAAGUCUCUGGAGCAAACCUAUGGGCAAGAUGGAGGCUGGAGUUCUUGGACCAAGUUUGGGUCGUGUUCACGGUCGUGUGGGGGUGGGGUGCGAUCUCGCAGUCGGAGCUGUGACAACCCCCCCCCUGCCUACGGAGGCCGCCUGUGCUCUGGGCCCAUGUUCCAGUACCAGAUCUGCAACAGUGAUGAGUGUCCAGGGCCCUACGAGGACUUCCGGGCCCAGCAGUGUGCCAGGCGCAACUCAUACUACCUUCACCAGGACGCCAAGCACAGCUGGGUCCCCUAUGAGCCUGAGAACGAUGCCCAGAAGUGUGAGCUGAUCUGCCAGUCAGAAGACACAGGGGACGUCGUCUUCAUGAACCACGUGGUCCAUGAUGGGACACGCUGCAGCUACCGGGACCCGUAUAGUGUCUGUGCCCGUGGAGAGUGUGUGCCUGUCGGCUGUGACAAGGAGGUGGGGUCCAUGAAGGCAGAUGACAAGUGCGGGGUCUGUGGCGGUGACAACUCCCACUGCAGGACUGUGAAGGGGACACUGGGCAAGGCCUCCAAGCUGGCAGGAGCUGUCAAGCUUGUGCAGAUCCCAGCAGGUGCCAGGCACAUCCAGAUCGAGCUGCUGGAGAAGACCCCCCACCACAUUGUGGUGAAGAACCAGAUCACAGGCGUCUUCAUCCUCAACCCCAAGGGCAAGGAAGCCGUCAGCCGGACCUUCACAGCAAUGGGCCUGGAGUGGGAGUACUCAGUGCAGGAGGCCAAGGAGAGCGUCAGGACCAGUGGGCCUCUGCCUGAAGCCAUUGCCACCAUGGUGUUCCCCCCGGCAAAGGGCGGCCCCCGCAGCAGCCUGGCCUACAAGUAUGUCAUCCACGAGGACCUGCUGCCCCUUAUUGGGAGCAACAACGUGCUCCUGGAAGAGACAGACACCUAUGAGUGGGCCCUCAAGAGCUGGGCCCCCUGCACCAGGACCUGUGGAGGAGGCAUCCAGUUCACCAAAUACGGCUGCAGGCGCCGCCGGGACCACCACAUGGUGUCACGGCACCUGUGUGAGCAGAGGAAGCGGCCUAAGCCCAUCCGCAGGCGUUGCAACCAGCACCCCUGUGCCCAGCCCGAGUGGGUGACAGAGGAAUGGGGCGCAUGCAGUCGGAGCUGUGGCAAGCUGGGAGUGCAGACUCGGGGGGUGCAGUGCUUUCUGCCCCUCUCCAACGGCACCCGCAAGGCCAUGCCAGCCAAAGCCUGCUCUGGGGACCGGCCUGAGGCCCGGCGGCCCUGCCUCCGAGUGCCCUGUCCAGCCCAGUGGCGGAUGGGAGCAUGGUCUCAGUGCUCCACCACCUGCGGAGAGGGCAUCCAGCAGCGCCAGGUGGUGUGCAGGACAAACGCCAACAGCCUCGGGCAGUGUGAGGGGCAGAAGCCGGAGACCGUCCAGAUCUGCAGCCUGCCUGCCUGUGGAGGUGAGCCAGCAGGAGGCCUCCACAAUGCCACAGUGAAAGCUGACAUCCGGGCACCUGCGACUCCAGACAAGUCCAGAUCUGAGCUCCUCCAUCCCAUGAACAUGAUACCAUCGACAGAGCCGUGCUUGGGGGACCGGUCUGUCUCCUGCCAGAUGGAAGUGCUCGACCGAUACUGCUCUAUCCCAGGCUACCGCCGACUGUGCUGUGAGUCCUGCUCCAAGGGUGACCCAAGCACGAGCCCGGACCCUAGCCUGGCCUCAGCACCAUCCUUCUUCACUGUGGGGAGCACCUGGCUGGGACCCACAGCCCCUUCAGACCCUGUGGAGUUCACUCAGGGGCCAGCAGGAUCAGAUGGCCCUCAGCAUGGCCCACCCACACAGCUCCCAGGACCUCUGGACAUAAGCUCCCCCGUAUCCCAAAGCCCCUCUGCUUCCCAGAAACACAGCCCAAGCUCAUUCCGGGCCGUGUCCCCUAGCACCCCUAGGGAACUGCCUUGGAGCUGGACAGGGGCAUCUGUGCCAGCCUCUAGUGAGAAGGGGCAGCUCAGGGAAGACCCGGAGAGCCGGGCCACCAACUUCCCCCCCACCUCCCCAGUGACAUGAGACCCCCUCAUGCUGCCAGUCAGGUUUACAUGCUGUGGGCUGCCCCGAAGAACUCUGGCUUAAAAGAUAUACAGUGAGGCCUCUUUUAAAUUAUUUACCUACUUGCUCUAGUUCGGGGCUGUGACACUCUUCACCCUGUAAAGGGCGUGUGUGAGAAAGAGGCAGAUCAGGGAAACUCCAACCAGAGAUACCUCAGCGAGCAGCCCGGGCAUGAGCUCAAUAUCUCAGGGGCUUUGUCUGUCUUCUGUCCAGCCUGUGGAACUGAGGGUCACCUGAGGUUUCCUCCUCACAAACCGUGGGCCCCGGGUAGCCUAAAGCCUCACACUGGAUCCACUUCAUCCCUCCUUUUGUCAGAACCCACCUUUCAGGCCACCCCUGUCCAGAGAGGCCAAGUGGGAUGAAGGAGUGCUCCCCAACCAGCCUGAGGAGAAGAGGUGGGGGAACCUGUGGCCGGGAGUCUCUGAGGAAGGGUAGACACAAGGAAAACUCAUCUCCUUCCCAGUGCUUCUCAGUGUGCACACACAGCUCCGUUGGCCAAACUCGGGGAGCAGAGUAUAGCUCCCUUUUGCAGGCUAGGGGGCAGUGUCCUGGGCUGCCUCUGCCUCACAGAUGCCACUUCCUGGUGCUUCUGGGGCCUUCAGGUUCAUUGGGAUGGCCUCCCUGCCCACCCUGCCCACCUGAGAAAGGGCUUUGAACAGUGGAAUGUGUGUCCUCUUUACCCAGAGGUGCCCGGACUGGUGCUAGGCCCCUGAUGGCACCCUGGGCUGUUUGGGGCAUCACUCCAGAGGGCACUUAGUGGGUCCCAGGACGAUAUGUUUUCUAUCCAGAUGCCCCUCCCACUGGAGCUGGGGGUCUCCUCCUAGCUGACUCGAGCUCAGGCAGAAUUUUUGGUGCUUAGGGUGGUGGGCUGGCCACAUGGUUGGGGACUAGGAUCCACUCAGCUGGGUCUGGGUGCUUCCCAGGACCAGUCAGGCCAUGUGCUCCAGGGCAGGGUAUGAGCCUCAGCCAGGUGGGGGGAGGGAAGGGAACGGGAUGUUGAAGAACCUUGGUUGUUCUUAUCUCCAAGAACAGGCAAGUUUUCUAGUCCCUCUAGGUCUGGGCAAGUGGCCUGGGUCUCCAGCACCCUCAGGGGUCCUCGCUUGGAGUUAUACAGGGGGGUCUCCUGGACUCCUCAGUGGGUAAUGGACAUGUGUCCUGGCUUGUCCUUCCCUGUCAAAAGAGGCUAUUCUGAAUUAGGCUGGAGAAAUAGGAACAGCAUACCCAGCCUGCAGCUACCACAGGGAACCUGGGGGUGAGGGUGGGUCUCCCCAGAUGUCCCCUCCCUCUGCUGCCCACCCCUCCCUGGGAUGCUGAAGCGCACCCCAAACCAUUCCUGUGAGACCAGCCCGCCUGUGUGAUGGGGGUGUCAACUCUUGUGCCUUUGGGAUCCAGACCUUUAAUGUUUUAUGUAUUUAUUAACAUUGUCCUUGGUGCAUUGUUUUGGACUUCA